AUGACGGAUACAGUUGUCGCGGACGGACAAGUCAAGUUUAGAGAUGGAAAAAAGUGGAAGACUCGGUGCGUCGUUCUUCGGAAGCCCUCUCCGGUGGCAGACUGUCUAACUCUGCUGGUGUAUAAGGAGAAGAAGAAAGGGAAGGAAAAGGGCAGCGGCCACAAGGAGAGGCUCAAUGUAACGCUGGAGGGGAUCUGUGGUGUGGAGCCAGGGCCCGGGUAUGACGGCGUAUCCUACACGCUCUCCAUCCUCUGCCUGGCUCACACGCUAGUCUUGGGCUUCAACAGCCGAGACGCAGUACUGGCCUGGGAUGCUCGCAUCCGCUACAGCCUGGGAGAAGUCCACAGGUUCAGUGUCAAUGUCGAGCCAGGUACCAAACUGGAAAGCGGCCCCGCCUCCCUCCACCUGUGCAACAACCUAUUGGUCCUUACCAGAGGCGUCCCUCCUGUUGUCAUUGGUCACUGGAAGUUGUCGGCGUUGCGUCGAUAUGGCGCUGUGCCAAAUGGCUUCGUGUUUGAGGGGGGGACUCGCUGCGGAUACUGGGCUGGUGUUUUCUUCUUGUCCUGUUCAGAAGGAGAGCAAAUCAGUUUCCUGUUUGACUGUAUUGUCAGGGGCAUCACCCCCAGUAGGACCCCGCAUGGCCUGCGACCUGCCCUGCCAGAUCCCAAUGCUGAUCCAGUGUCAGCAGAGGAACGAAUUACCAAGGAGGCGUCAGAGCUGGAGAAGAGACUCAGCAUGUUGUCUCAGUGCAGCCUAGCGAGCAGCUCAGCUUCCACUUACAGCUGCAGCACAUCUGUUGCCGGGGACGACCAAAGCAGCAUCUCCAGCUCAUCCUCCAGCCAAUCAGAUGCAAGCUAUGGAAGCAGACUUCCAUUUUGGGUGGAGCCGUUGGCGAGACCGCACCUCUCCAACGAAACAGCGUCAAGCUCGUCCACGCUGAAGGCUUUGACCAGUUCAGAUGACCGGCUUUAUGCUGCUGUGAUGGGAGGCUCUGGGACUCGUCCUUCCUCCGCCCAGCUCCAUCCUCGUGGUCUCCAUGACAGCGGGCGACAGAGCUCGUUAGACAGCGGGAUCGGGAUAGCGACAGGCAGUCAGUCAUCCUACUCAGGGAGCUGCUCCUCGUAUACAGGGAGUCUGGACACGGCCAGCCAGGGAGGGGAGGGGGAGUUUGGCUCCAUGGCCAGCCUACCUGCACCGCCUCCACCUCCUUCUUCACCUCCUACUGUCCCUCCCCCUACUCCUCCUCCGCCUCCUCCUUUUCAGUCCACACCUACCCCAGAGCACAGUUCUGGUACCUCUUCCCCCUUCCCUUGCUCCUCCAGAUCGAGCUCUUGUGCAUCCCGGAGGCACAGCGAGGAAUAUCAAAUCCCCAACCUGCUCAGACUGUGGUACGACACCCCCAGGAGUCUGCUCCAGACCCUGUCCCUGAGAGAGCCCUCCGUCCAAGAAGGCCCACCUGAGCUGGGCCGGGACAGCAGGAGCAGCGGGGAUGCAGGGGGCAGUCAGGGACAAUGGUGGAGCAACAGCCCCACGGGAGCAAAAGCUCAGUGUCAGACCACGAUGCAGCGCUCUCACUCCUGGGGCAGCGAGAGAGCGCCCUCUGAGGACAGUGAGGGGAGGUCCACACCGAGACCCCUGAUGGUGCCUGGAGGCUCGAUUUGUGCAGAAACACAGUGCAGUCAUGGUUCAGACAACUACAUCACACCAGAGCAGUGGCGGUCAGCGAGGAACAGAUGUUUAACUCAGGUUGCCACAUCACCAUCAGGCUUGGUGCCUUUCGCAGAUUCACAAGAUCCUCCUCUUUGUGUGAGAGAGGAGCAGGAUGACGUCGGGUAUGUUGGUGAUAGGUUGGCAGGUCUGAAGAAGUCGGCGCCCUCUCGGCCACCCUCUGCCCCUCCCUCACCUGUUGCACUGUUGCGUAGGCCAACAUCAGCCUGUGGCACUUUCCAGUCUGCUCAUGAAGCUCCUCCAUCCCUGGACACUGGGCUCCACAGUGGCAGCGCUGUUAAUUAUGUUAAUAUCCCCAUUAGCCCCCUGCCAGCAAGAACCAACAGAGAGCUCCUCUACACGGAGCUGAACCUGCAAGAACUCGGCUCAGGUCCAGUCUCCAGUCCCUACAGUGCCCACAGAGAGGAGGGCCCCAUCAGGUACGCCCACCUCGACAUCGCAGCCAUGGAAACAGCUCAGAGAGUGGGGGCGGAGCAUGCUCAGGGCAGGGAGGACGGACUGACUCAGCUGGAGAGCAGGCGGCGAGGGCCACCAAACUGACUCUGCUACGCCCAACACGGUGACACUUCAAAAUGCUUUUUAACGCUAUUUCUUUCUACAUAAGCUAAAGUGCUUAAUAGCAGUUUAUCAUACCACUCAUUGUUGUACUUAAAACACACCCACAGUUGUGCCAGUGUACAGAAAUUCCCACAAACAAUCCAUUCCACUUUUAACAAUAAGAAGAAAAUAGGAAAUGCUUGGGAAGUCUCUUAUGCAGCUGCCAUCUUGGAUGUGUUUUGUGUUCUGUUUAAGUGUUUUUAAGUUCUCAUAUUCUUGUACUUAAGUUAGAGCUUUUCUACAUUUUUCUUGAAGACUUGUUCGUUUUUUGGGCUGCAUGGCACUCCUCCGAUCUUAGACCUAUCUGCCUCUUUAAAGAUUCUCUCAGGUGACUGUUGCAUUUUAGUAAAAAUAGACUUAAUUAUGAGGGAAUAGUGAGGCAAAGUCUCUCCUCUUCCAGUGGACCAUGAUGGGAACUUAUUUUGGGAAAAAAAUAGUCAACGGCAAGAGACAAAUAAUUUCUUAAUCCUGUUUGUCAAUUUAAAAGAUAAAGUUUAGAUUUGAUGUAAAGGAACAUUUGAAAAGAUGACAUUGUUUCAUACUUCCAUGCGUCCUUUAUGUUGACAUAGAUAAAAACGAGUCCACAGUAACGCACCUUUUAACCGAAGGCAGCAUUGUGGAUGGAGAAUGCGUUGUACUAUAUUACUGUUCUGCUCUAUUUCACUAUUUUUUCAUAUAUCUGCCGUCUCGUACGGUUGAAUCUGGCUAGAACUGCACUACACUGCUCUGCUUUGUCUGCAUGCGUAAGCUUGCAGAAAACGAGCAAAUUUGGACAAAACGAACUCAAGAUUACAAACAGAAGGCUGCAUUUGUGUCCCUAAACAGACACGUUUUCACAUCAGCAACUGCUCCUGCUUGUUCUUUCUCUCCCCAGCUGAUAAAACACAUCAGGUAAGGACAUUUGUGUGGCGUGGUGACACUGCACAAUGAGAUAUGUUGUUAACUGAGCGCUUUUGCGCAAAAAUAAAUACUACUUAUACUAAUAAAUAAUACUUUGACAAAUGAAAGGCAGAUUGUGACUUUCUUAACUUGGGAAAUUAUCUUUUAAGUUGACAAACAUGUAAUUUUUGGCACACUUCAGAGUAAAAAGAUAUUGUCUCUUGCCGCUGACUAAUGUAAAUUUUUUCAGAAAUAAGGUCCAGGCUGGGACACUGGAGGGG